CUGACUAGCAGGAAGACGCGGUGGUGCGCUCUCAUCCUACCGGAGAAUGGACGCUUUGCUCGGCUGUGAACUGAGUGACAGAGCGCUAGCAGAUUUGGAGGAAAAUCAUUGAAGAAAGUACCGCAUUUCCAGCCUCUAUAUUAGGGGUUAAUUUAAAGUCAAAAUGUGGCGAUUUGGGAGGCCAUCAGGAUCAGAAGUAUUGAAAUGGAGGUGCCAAAGGUCAUCAAGAGAUACAUGCUGCAAACUUCACACCACAGCUCUUCAGAAAACCAUUAACUUAAGCCUCCAAUCAGCUGGCAUCUGCAGCAAUAUAAAGCGAUGUCCCUUGUCAUUCCCUUUCAAAACAGCAAGCUCUUAUAGAAACACAUGGAAAGAACAACUGACGCCUAUAUGUUAUUCCGCCUCUGGAUUCAACCACAGGCUCUUUUGUACCUCUCAGCCCGUCACAGAUCCCAUUGAGAUCCACAAGCAGAAGUUGGCAUUAUGGUUCAGCCACAUUCCUCAAGAAGAAAAGCAGUUCUCUGGCUACGUUUCUCCUGAAACUAUGCAUGUAGAGCCCCUUAUCCUAGAACGUCAUCCCGAUGAGGAUCGCGGCCUUAGUCCUUUCAAAGAAAAGACAAGCGUAUGUGCACAACCCUCGCUGACAGUUGGGGAUCUUUUUCAUGAUAGCAAUCAUGGGAAGGCUCGUGGACUAAACAUUUUGAUGUACGGAGCUGUCGGUACAGGGAAAUCCACCGUUAUCCGUAAGCUGGUGCAGGAUUGGUGUGAUGGAUCUCUUUUCUCCCAGUUCAAACUUGUGUUGCCUUUCUCCUGUGAGGAUAUCUCCCAAUUAUCCAAAGCAAUAUCUCUUCGAGACCUUGUGGGCAGGAAAUAUAUGCACCUCCGCAAGACGCCAUAUCUUAGUGGAGAGAAUGACAUGGCUAGGGAUGUCCUUUUUAUCUUUCAUGGAAUGGAGAAAAUGAAGCUGGAUUUUCGCAUCAGCUCCACUGAGUUAUGCAGCGAUCCUAAUGAGGCUCUCCUGUCAGGAGCUGUUGUUGUCAAUCUGCUUAGGAAAUACAUGCUACCUGAGGCUAGCAUUUUAGUUACAACCAGACUAUCAGCCGUGGACAGAGUUCCUAAAAAAUACAUAAACCGUUACGUGCAAAUCUGUGGCUUCAACGACCUUGAUCGCCAGCGAGCCUACUUCACCAGCAGACUCCUGCAGCACAGUGAAGGCAAGCCAGACAGAGCUGCUGAGAUGCUAAUAGAGAUGCUUUACCUAAAUCUACAGCGGGAAAGUCAGCUAGCAACCGCCUGCUUCUUACCAUCGUACUGCUGGCUCACAUGCGCCACGCUUCAUUUACUGCAUUUCACUGAUACAAAAUCACCAAUUCGGACCCUCACUGGCAUCUACACCAGCUUCAUGAGGCUCAACUUUGGAGGAGAAGUGAUAACUCUGAAUGGAGGCGUCUCUUCACAGGAGCAGCAGAACUCAUUAAUGCUGUAUGUAGUCCGUACUGUUGGCAAACUAGCUUUUGACGGGAUCACCAACAAGCGGACUUCGUUCACCGCUGAAGAACUGGAGCAGUGGGUUGGUGGCAAAACCAAAACAGACGAAGAGCUCCGUGAGCUGGCGGUGUUUCGUACUGAUGUACUCGAUUUCUUCCUCGUUCCUCGUGAUGAUUAUGGUUCAGAUCCCGAAACAAAAGUUAGACGCUAUGUGUUUACUGUCCCCACCAUGCAGGAAUACCUAGCCGCUCUUUAUGUUGUUCUCGGCGAGAACAAAACUGUCCUUGAGAAGUUGACUAAGGAGGUUUCAGAGGCUUUGGGACCAGCCAGCGAGGACAUCACAAGCUUACUGAGCGUCCUCUCCAAAAUCAUACCUUUCAGAAUCUUUGCCAUUUUCAACUUGCUUAAGUUGUUCCCCAAACUCUUCGAGAAGGUCAGUAGCUACAGCAAGGGGCGCAUCGCCAACACCAUGGCGGCAGAAAUGUUUCGUUCCGAGGACAGCUUCAACGAAGACGUCUUAGACCAAGUGGAACAAAGUCUGCUGGGAGUUCAUGGUCCCCAGCCACAGGAGGAGAUCUACACCAGGGCGUUUGAACUCUACCCAAUCUUCAUGGGUGGACUUCUUCAUUAUGGCAACCGAAGGCUAUUAGAUCAACUCGGGUGCAACAUCAAGAGCCACACGGUUUCUCAGAUCACUCGUGCGCUGAGGAAAAACCUGAUCAAGCAGAGCCAGAAGCAGCAGCCUCCUGAGGAGCUCAUGGAUCUGCUAGUCCUGCUCUAUGAGUUCCAGAACCCUCGACUCACGGCUGAAGUCCUGCAGUCCAUCAAGUCCCUCAACCUGUCGACUGUCCGCAUGACGCCACAUAAGUGCUUCGUGCUGAGCACAGUCCUGGGCUGCACAAGCUCCAGCUUCCACCUGAAUGAGCUGAACCUGUCUUCCUGCCACGUCACGCCAGAGCUGCUGCAGAUGCUCUGGCCAGCCUUCCGACACACCAAAAACCUCAAUCUCCAGUUUAACAGCCUGAAUCCCGAAUCCUGCAUUCUGCUGCGAGAUCUGCUUCUCGAACCCAACUGUACCAUUAAGUCAUUACAGUUGUGUGAUAACUACUUGUCGGACAGCGGCAUCAGUCAUUUGCUGGAAGCUCUGUCUGGAAAUCACUCUCUACAGAGGCUGAGUCUGAUGCACACAGGACUUAGUGACAAAUCUGCGCAACUGCUGGCUGAGAGACUGGGCCAACACGAUCAGUUAAAGGAACUGAACGUGGCUUACAACAACAUCGGAGACAGUGCAGCUCUCACGCUGGUCGAUGCCUGUCGCGAACACCCCAGCAUCCACACAGUGCAUCUGUACCUGAAUCAGCUUACCGACGUGGCCAAGCAGUCUUUAUAUGUGCGUGGAGGUCCUCGGGUGAAGGAGGGCCGGCGGGUGAAAGUUCUGGCUUCUGUGACAGAGGGUUCGGACAUCUCUGAGGACUGGCAUCCCAUUUUGAGCGUCAUUGGGAAAAAUUCCCUUUCCUGGGAAAGAGACCGUGUACGUGAGCAACUCCUGGUCUUUCUAAAAGACCUGGAAUGGGGGAGGAAACAGCAUCUGAGUUUCUGGAAAAAGAUGCACUUUCGAAGAGUAGAGAGCGUUGUGAGGCAAAUGCUGCGCUUUAUAGAGAAAAGCAGUGAUACGGGAACUGGUACAAAAUGAAUUAUCAUUAGCUCUAAAGGAAUGGGGUUUUAGUUUCUCAAUUGGAUUUUUGUUGUUAAUAUUAUUAUAAGCCUUAACAUUUCCUAGGUGUUUUGUAAAGUGCUGAUUUAUGUGUAUAGUUUGUUAUGCUAUCUACUUUAACAUUAGGUCAAUUUCAGAAAACACUGUGACAAAAUGUUUGAGGGAAAUAUUAGUAUUUGCUGCACCAGAUUAUUUUGGAUUACUACUUGAAAGUUGCUCCUUAUAAGCACGAUAACAAAUGAUGCCAUUCGAAGCCAUUUCCUAUGCAUAUGUGUUCAGGGAGAACGUACAGUUCAUAUAAACUCUUGUGUUUAAAGGAAUAGUUCACCACAAAAUAAAAAUUCUGUCAUUUACUCAUCGCUUUGUUCAAACCCUGAUUGAGUUUUUUUUCUGAACACAAAGGAAGUUAUACUGAAGCAUGAUGGGGAAAACAGCCAUUGACUAUUUGUUCCUAUAAUGGAUGUCAGUAGCUGCUCUUCCCCAGCAUUUUUCCUAAUAUUUGGUUUUGUGUUCAACAAAAGAAACUAAUUCUUACCAAUUUAAAACCAUGCGAGGGGGUAAAUGAUGAGGAAGUUUACAUUUUCGGAGUGAACUAUCCCUUUAAGUGUCAAAUGGUGCAAUCUUAACCAAGGCAAAGAUUUAAAAUGCUUCUACAAUGUUCACAUAUCUUUUGCCUUAAUUAAAAAAAAACAAACAUUUAAAUUAACAAAUUGUGACUGAGAUCAGCAAAAUAAAAAGUGCUGAUUAAA